UCUCUCUCUCCCUCCCAGGACCACUAGGAAUCUCUCUCCCUCUCCCUCUCCAGUUCUCUUUGCUGCGGGACACUCUCCCCUCGGACGACCCAGGGUGGGCCGCCCGCAGUCACCGUAGCGACCGUCACCGUAGCGACCGUCACCGUAGCGACGCUCGGACGGCAUCAUGUGUGACUGUUUUCACCUGUCGUUGCCUAACUGGCACGCCGCUCCAGCAGGGGGUCGGAGGUUACAGGGACGCGAGCCCGGGGCCGAAGACGACUCGCUGUACGACCAGCCGUCCGAGGUGGAGGAGAAGCGGCCGCGACCUCAAGGAUCCUCCCCUGUGGACGAGUUCCCCGAGGCCGCCGGCUUCUCCGACAGCGACAAGGAGGGCGGAGCAGAGCAUGACCUUCAGAAGAAGGGUGGAAAAGGCGGGAAAAGGUCUGGUCUCGGCUCGCUGUUCGACAAGCGCUCGUCUUCCAAGAUGAGCAAACUGAAGGAAGUUCACAGCCCUGAGUCGGAGGUGAUCGUGAAGACGGCCGAGGACGGUGGAGCGGAGGGUCUGAUCGUCGGCGGGGGAGGGAGGGACGGGAUCUUCAUCACGCAGGUGGUCCCAGAGUCCCCGGCCUUCAAGAACCUGAGUGUCAGAGAAGGGGACCAGAUCCUGAGUGCCACUGUGUACUUUGACAAUGUGUCGUACGAAGACGCCCUGCAGAUCAUGGAACAUGCGCAGGCCUACAAGGUUAAGCUGUGCCUGAAACGCAAGCAGGAAGUGCCUGAAGAAGACCCCGACAGCCAUCCCGAGACCAUUCAGGAGGAAGAGGUGACCUCACCAGAGAUGAGAGAGCAAAGGAAAACUAAGAGGCCUAGCGAUGCUCGCAUCUCAUGGCCCAAGUUCCCCUCUCUGGGGAAAGGCAGAAAGAAGUCCCACUUCAGGAGGUCCCACAGCACCUCAGAGGCCGAGGAUCAGACCCGACUUGAGCUGAGCCCCACCACCAGCGAUACUGACACCCCUAUCAAAUCACAGGAAGCACUGAAAGGCAAGAAGAAGCAUAAGGUAAAGCUGAACCUUUCAAAGAACAAGGGUAGUAAAAGUGCUAAGGCAGACCAUGACACAGAUACAUUGACCACUGCUCCCUUAAACGGAGUCAAUGAGGACCCCAUGAAGGAGACCUCACCCCCAGACUCCCCAGAGCGGCAGGUUGCAUCUCCUCCGGCCUAUUUAACGCAUCAAUUCAAAAUCCCUGACAGCUGCAAGCUGAAGGUUGAGCAAGGAAUGGCUGACAUGGCCGAGCCUGAAUCCCCCCACCACAGAGUGGAGCUCAUCAGUGUGGACAGCACUCUGAAGACUGCAGACAUCACCGCGGCUCUGGUUGGGCAAGAUAGUCCCACCGCCCACAUGUCACCCAGCGGAAAGAAAAAGAAGAAGAAAGAAAAGUCUGAAUUGAAAAUGAAAAUUAAGGGAAAAGAUAAAUCACACAAACAAGAUGUUAAAGCGAAAUCCUCCCCAAAAAGACUACAGACACUUGGGGGAAGCGUUGAUGUACCAGACCCUACUGCAAAUAAAAACUUGGAUGCUACAAAAACAUUACCAUCACAAGUAGAGUGGCCACAAAUUGCAAUCAACACUGAUACACAAUUAACUGCCGGUAAAGGUUUUGAGGUCAUCUCUGCACCCAAGCCAAACCAGGAAGGAAAAGAUCUGCAAAAGGUGGAAUUUUCCUAUGACACCUCAGAUGUAGGAAUUUCAAAGAUAUCUCCAAGGAUAGGAAAAGAGAAACCAAAGAAGGAAGCUGAAAAGCUAUCAAAGGGGUCUAAACAGAAAACCGACACCAAGAGAAGCCCGUUUAAACUCCCCACAGUUGGGUUUACUGACAUUGGAAUGGAAGACAUAAUAGAAAAAACAGAUGUAAAGGAUAAGAAGGUUUCAGUAAAAAUUGUAACAGAGGGUCCAAAGCAAGAUCCUUAUGAAAGGCUAUCCUGUCCUUCCCAAAGACAACUUCCCAAACGGGAGGAGAUGGAGAUACCAGGUAUGGAGGAUGCAUCCUCAGCAGGGAGGAAGAAACAAGGCACUAAAGAUCCUAAGGGGUUGGCAAUGAUUGGCAUUGAAGAACUUAAUGCAGAAACGGUACAAAUGUCCAUUGAUGUUAAAAGUGUCAAAGAAGCAGUUUCAAAAUUGCCCGGUUUUAAGCUGCCUCAAGUUGACACGGAUGGAGUCCCUAUUAUUGAAGAGAUUACAAUGAUAGAUGCAAAUGCACAAAGAAUAACUGUAAAAACACACGGGACUCCCACCAAAAUGUCAGAUACCAAGACAAAGGAAGAGCUGACUCUGAGCAGGACUAAAGUCCAACUGCCAAAUAUUAACGCUGCCAAUCUAGUUUCUCAUGACAUUUUCACUGAGACUGAAGUAGAGAUGAAUAAGGAAAACAAGGAAGUAGGCGACGUAAGUAGUGUUGAAAUGCAGACUAAGGGACACAAAAGAGAGAAUAUUUUAAUACAUGGAGAAGAAAGUAGAAGUGAAGAAACCCAUGUACAAGGACAUGCUACAAAGGAGGAUGCUUUUGAAUGGUCAUCUGGAAUAUACACAGGCCAAAACAAAGCCAACAACAAGGAUUUGACCAGUCCAAAAAAAACAGACAAAGCAAAAAGCCUCUUCACGAACUUUGGAGUUGCAAAACCAGACAUCAGAUUCCCUGAUCUUGACAUUGCCUUACCAAAACGAAAUCUCUCCACACUUAACGUUGAUGAAGGGCCUCCUAGAGUUAUGGCUAAACCCACAGAAACUGAACUUGAAAGCAAAUUCAAAAAUCCAAGUCUGAGUUGCUCUAUGCCAAAAGCGAUCGGGACAGAAGUUGAUUUAAGUGUGUCAAAGCCAGAUAUGGAUAUAACAUUACCAGAGGGGGAGGUUGAACCGUCAUCGAAGGUAGAAGUCAAACAAUCUCAGAUUGAACCCGAAGACAAGGAUGGUGAGAGGACCUCCGCAACAUGGAAAAUGACUAAGUUCAAAAGUAGAACAAGUGGAUCCUACACCCAAAAUAUAACAUCAGAAGAACAUGAAAUGUACAGAAAAAUAAAUAUUGAAGGAGUUGAGCUGAAUGCAUCUAUUGAGGGGCCAGACGUUGACGAGACAACCCAUGUAGACAUGACAGGGGCUGUAUUUGAAGGACGGACAACGAAAAUAAGAAUGCCAAAUCUUGGUAUUUCAACACCAACGGGCAAAGGACCAGAUACUGAUUUCAGUGUAUCCAAGCCAGAUGUGGACAUAACGUUACCAAAGGCUAAAGCUGACAUUACCCUAUCUGAAGUUAAACUACCAUCAGCAAAGGUAGAAGUUAAAGGGCCGGAGAUUGAGACAGAGGAUUUUGAUGGUUCAUCCAAAUUUAAAUUGCCUAAAUUCAAACUUCCAAAAUUCGGAACAGGAUCUUCCAGCAUCACUGCCGAAAUGCCUGAAAUUGACAAGCAAAUCAAAUUUGAUGCAGAGCUGAACAUCCUUAAAGCCACAGUGGACAAAACAGCACCCAAAGUUGAAAUUGAAGGACCUUCCAUUGAUCUGAAAAGCACAGGACCUGAUGGAAUGGGGAAAGGAAGCAAGAUUAAAAUGCCAAGUCUGGGUCUCUCAAUGCCAAAAUUGAAAGGACCAGAAGUGGAUUUCAAUGUAUCAAAGCCAGAGGUGGACACAACCUUACCAGAGGCCAAAUAUGAAGUUACCCCACCUGAUGUUGAACUAACAUCAACUAAGGUUGAAGUUAAAGGGCCUGACAUUGAGACAGAAGAUUUUGACAGUUCAUCCACAUUUAAAAUGCCUAAAUUCAAACUUCCCAAAUUUGGAACAGCAUCUUCAAGCAUCACUGCAGGAAUGCCUGACAUUGACAAAAAAAUCAAAUUUGAUGCAGAGCUGAAAAGCCUGCAUCAAAUCCCUAAAGCCACAGUGGACAUUACAACACCAAAAGUUGAUUUUGAAGGACCUUCCAUUAAUCUGAAAAGCACAGGUUCUGAGGGUAUUGGGAAAGGAAGAAAGAUUCAAAUGCCAAGUCUGGGUCUCUCAAUGAGAAAAGUCAAAGGACCAGAAGUGGAUUUAACUGUAUCAAAGCCAGAGGUUGACAUUACAUUACCAAAGGGUAAAGCUAAAGUUAACCUACCUGAAAUUGAAGUAACAUCAACUACGGUACAAGUUAAAGGGCCUGACAUUGAUCUAAAAGUAAAAGAUGGUCAAGGUUCUCAAGCUACUUCAACGAAUAUGUCAGUGGAAAUACCUGAGGGGAAGAAAGAAAUUAUAUCACAUGGAGAGUUGAACAUUCCUGAAGCAAGAGUGGAAAUAACAGCACCCAAAGUGGAUAUUGAAGGACCUUCCAUAGAUCUUGAGAGUACAGGGAAAGGAAGCAAGUUUAAGAUGCCAAAUUUUGGAAUUUCAAUGCCAAAGGUCAAAGGAGCAGAUAUUGAUUUCGGUGUAUCCAGAACAGAUGUGGACAUAACGCUACCAAAAGCCAAAGCCGACGUUACCCUACCUGAUGUUGAACUUCCGUCAGCUAAGGUAGAAGUUAAAGGCCCUGAGAUUGAGACGGAAGAUUUUGAUGGUUCAUCCACAUUUAAAAUGCCUAAAUUCAAACUUCCCAAAUUUGGAACAGGAUCUUCAAGCAUUACUGCAAAAAUGCCUGAAGUUGACAAACAAAUCAAAUUUGAUGCAGAGCUCAACAUCCCUAAAGCCACAGUGGACAUUACGGCACCCAAAGUUGACUUUGAAGGACCUUCCAUAGAUCUGAAAAGCACAGGACCAGAUGGAAUGGGGAAAGGAAGCAAGAUUAAAAUGCCAAGUCUGGGCUCAAUGCCAAAGGUGAAAGGACCAGAAGUGGAUUUCAAUGCAUCAAAGACAGAGGUGGACAUUAAAUUACCUGAGGAUAAAUAUGAAGUUGCCCUACCCUACGUUGAACUAACCUCGACUAAUGUAGAAGUUAAAGGGCCUGAGAUUGAUCUAAAAUUAAAAGAUGGUAAAGGUUCUCCAUCAAAAUAUAAAAUGCCUUCAUUCAAAUUUCCCAAAUUUGGAGCUGCUUCACCAAAUAUCUCUGUGGAAAUACCUGAGGUGGAGAAAGAAAUUACGUUAGAUGGAGAGCUUAUCAUUCCUGAAGCAAAAGUGGAAAUAACAGCACCCAAUGUGGAUAUUGAAGGACCUUCCAUAGAUCUUAAUAGUACCGGCAUCGACGGUACAGGGAAAGGAGGCAAGUUUAAAUUGCCAAAUUUUGGUAUUUCAAUGCCAAAGGUCAAAGGACCAGAUAUUGAUUUCAGUGUUUCCAAGCCAGAUGUGAACGUAACGUUACCAAAAGCUAAAGCUGACGUUACCCUAACUGAUGUUGUACUACCAUCAUCUAAGGUAGAUGUUAAAGGGCCUGAGAUUGAGGCAGACGAUUUUGAUGGUUCAUCCACAUUUAAAUUGCCUAAAUUCAAACUUCCCAAAUUUGGAACAGGUUCUUCAAGCAUCACUGCAGAAAUGCCUAAAGCUGACAAACAAAUCAAAUUUGAUGCAGAACUGAACAUCCCAAAAGCCACAGUGGACAUUACGGCACCCAAAGUUGAAGUUGAAGGACCUUCAAUUGAUCUGAAAAGCACAGGACCUGAUGGAAUGGGGAAGGGAACCAAGAUUAAAAUACCAAGUCUGGGUCUCUCAAUGCCAAAAGUGAAAGGACCAGAAGUGGAUUUCAAUGUAUCAAAGCCGGAAGUGGACAUUACAUUAUCAGAGUCUAAAUAUGAAGUUGCCCUACCUGACGUUGAACUAACCUCUACUAUAGUAGAAGUUAAAGGGCCUGAGAUCGAUCUAAAAUUAAAAGAUGGUAAGGGUUCUCCAUCCAAAUUUAAAAUGCCUUCAUUCAAAUUUCCCAAAUUUGGAGCUGCUUCACCAAAUAUCUCUGUGGAAAUACCUGAGGUGGAGAAAGAAAUUACAUUAGAUGGAGAGCUGAACAUUCCUGAAGCAAAGGUGGAAAUAACAGCACCCAAUGUGGAUAUUGAAGGACCUUCCAUAGAUCUUAAGAGUACCGGCAUCGACGGUACAGGGAAAGGAGGCAAGUUUAAAAUGCCAAAUCUAGGUAUUACAAUGCCAAAGGUCAAAGGACCAGAUAUUGAUUUCAGUGUAUCCAAGCCAGAUGUGGACAUAACGUUACCAAAAGCUAAAGCUGACAUUACCCUAACUGAUGUUGAACUACCAUCAGGUAAGGUAGAAGUUAAAGGGCCUGAGAUUGAGACAGAAGAUUUUGACGGUUCAUCCACAUUUAAAAUGCCUAAAUUCAAACUUCCCAAAUUUGGAACAGGACACUCAAGCAUCACCGCAGAAACGCCUGAAGUUGACAAACAAAUCAAAUUUGAUGCAGAGCUGAACAUCCCUAAAGCCACAGUGGACAUAACAGCACCCAAAUUUGAAGUUGAAGGACCUUCCAUUGAUCUGAAAAGCACAGGCACUGAGGGAAUGGGGAAAGGAACCAAGUUUGAAAUGCCAAGUCUGGGUCUCUCAAUGCCAAAAGUGAAAGGACCGGAAGUGGAUUUCAAUGUUUCAAAGCCAGAGAUGGACAUUACAAUACCAGGGGCUAAAUAUGAAGUUGCCCUACCUGAUGUUGAACUAACCUCGACUAAGGUAGAAGUUAAAGGGCCUGAGAUUGAUCUAAAAUUGAAAGAUGGUAAAGGUUCUCCAUCCAAAUUUAAAAUGCCUUCAUUCAAAUUUCCCAAAUUUGGAGCUGCUUCACCAAAUAUCUCUGUGGAAAUACCUGAGAUGGAGAAAGAAAUUACAUUAGAUAGAGAGCUGAACAUUCCUGAAGCAAAGGUGGAAAUAACAGCACCCAAUGUGGAUAUUGAAGGGCCUUCCAUAGAUCUUAAGAGUACAGGAAUUGACAGUACAGGGAAAGGAAGCAAGUUUAAAAUGCCAAAUCUUGGUAUUUCAAUGCCAAAGGUCAAAGGACCAGAUAUUGAUUUCAGUGUAUCCAAGCCAGAUGUGAACGUAACGUUACCAAAAGCUAAAGCUGACGUUACCCUAACUGGUGUUGAACUACCAUCAGCUGAGGUAGAAGUUAAAGUGCCUGAGAUUGAGCCAGAAGAUUUUGAUGGUUCAUCCACAUUUAAAAUGCCUAAAUUCAAACUUCCCAAAUUUGGAACCGGUUCUUCAAGCAUCACUGCAGAAAUGCCUGACGUUGAUAAACAAAUCAAAUUUGAUGCAGAACUGAAUAUCCCUAAAGCCACAGUGGACAUUACGGCACCCAGAGUUGAAGUUGAAGGACCUUCAAUUGAUCUGAUAAGCACAGGACCUGAUGGAAUGGGGAAAGGAAGCAAGAUUAAAAUGCCAAGUCUGGGUCUCUCAAUGCCAAAAGUGAAAGGACCGGAAGUGGAUUUCAAUGUUUCAAAGCCAGAGAUGGACAUUACAAUACCAGGGGCUAAAUAUGAAGUUGCCCUACCUGACGUUGAACUACCCUCGACUAAGGUAGAAGUUAAAGGGCCUGAGAUUGAUCUAAAAUUUAAAGAUGGUAAAGGUUCUCCAUCCAAAUUUAAAAUGCCUUCAUUCAAAUUUCCCAAAUUUGGAGCUGCUUCACCAAAUAUCUCUGUGGAAAUACCUGAGGUGGAGAAAGAAAUGACAAUAGAUAGAGAAAUGAGCAUUCCUGAAGCAAAAGUGGAAAUAACAGCACCCAAGGUGGAAAUUGAAGGACCUUCCAUAGAUCUUAAGAGUACCGGCAUCGACGGUACAGGGAAAGGAGGCAAGUUUAAAAUGCCAAAUCUUGGUAUUUCAAUGCCAAAGGUCAAAGGACCAGAUAUUGAUUUCAGUGUAUCCAAGCCAGAUGUGAACAUAACAUUACCAAAAGCUAAAGCUGACGUUACCCUAACUGAUGUUGAAUUACCAUCAGCUAAGGUAGAAGUUAAAGGGCCUGAGAUUGAGACGGAAGAUUUUGACGGUUCAUCCACAUUUAAAAUGCCUAGAUUCAAACUUCCCAAAUUUGGAACAGGACACUCAAGCAUCACUGCAGAAACGCCUGAAGUUGCCAAACAAAUCAAAUUUGAUGCAGAGCUGAACAUCCCUAAAGCCACAGUGGACAUAACGGCACCCAAAUUUGAAGUUGAAGGACCUUCCAUUGAUCUGAAAAGCACAGGCACUGAUGGAAUGGGGAAAGGAACCAAGUUUGAAAUGCCAAGUCUGGGUCUCUCAAUGCCAAAAGUGAAAGGACCGGAAGUGGAUUUCAAUGUUUCAAAGCCAGAGAUGGACAUUACAAUACCAGGGGCUAAAUAUGAAGUUGCCCUACCUGAUGUUGAACUAACUUCGACUAAGGUAGAAGUUAAAGGGCCUGAGAUUGAUCUAAAAUUGAAAGAUGGUAAAGGUUCUCCAUCCAAAUUUAAAAUGCCUUCAUUCAAAUUUCCCAAGUUUGGAGCUGCCCCACCAAAUAUCUCUGUGGAAAUACCUGAGGUGGAGAAAGAAAUUACAUUAGAUGGAGAGCUGAACAUUCCUGAAGCAAGAGUGGAAAUAACAGCACCCAAUGUGGAUAUUGAAGGGCCCUCGAUAGAUCUUAAGAGUACCGGCAUCGACGGUACAGGGAAAGGAAGCAAGUUUAAAAUGCCAAAUCUUGGUAUUUCAAUGCCAAAGGUCAAAGGACCAGAUAUUGAUUUCAGUGUAUCCAAGCCAGAUGUGAACGUAACGUUACCAAAAGCUAAAGCUGACGUUACCCUAACUGGUGUUGAACUACCAUCAGCUAAGGUAGAAGUUAAAAUGCCUGAGAUUGAGCCAGAAGAUUUUGAUGGUUCAUCCACAUUUAAAAUGCCUAAAUUCAAACUUCCCAAAUUUGGAACCGGUUCUUCAAGCAUCACUGCAGAAAUGCCUGACGUUGAUAAACAAAUCAAAUUUGAUGCAGAACUGAAUAUCCCUAAAGCCACAGUGGACAUUACGGCACCCAGAGUUGAAGUUGAAGGACCUUCAAUUGAUCUGAUAAGCACAGGACCUGAUGGAAUGGGGAAAGGAAGCAAGAUUAAAAUGCCAAGUCUGGGUCUCUCAAUGCCAAAAGUGAAAGGACCGGAAGUGGAUUUCAAUGUUUCAAAGCCAGAGAUGGACAUUACAAUACCAGGGGCUAAAUAUGAAGUUGCCCUACCUGACAUUGAACUACCCUCGACUCAGGUAGAAGUUAAAGGGCCUGAGAUUGAUCUAAAAUUGAAAGAUGGUAAAGGUUCUCCAUCCAAAUUUAAAAUGCCUUCAUUCAAAUUUCCCAAAUUUGGAGCUGCUUCACCAAAUAUCUCUGUGGAAAUACCUGAGGUGGAGAAAGAAAUUACAUUAGAUAGAGAGCUGAACAUUCCUGAAGCAAAAGUGGAAAUAACAGCACCCAAUGUGGAAAUUGAAGGACCUUCCAUAGAUCUUAAGAGUACCGGCAUCGACGGUACAGGGAAAGGAGGCAAGUUUAAAAUGCCAAAUCUUGGUAUUUCAAUGCCAAAGGUCAAAGGACCAGAAAUUGAUUUCAGUGUAUCCAAGCCAGAUGUGAACGUAACGUUACCAAAAGCUAAAGCUGACGUUACCCUAACUGAUGUUGAAUUACCAUCAGCUAAGGUAGAAGUUAAAGGCCCUGAGAUUGAGACGGAAGAUUUUGAUGGUUCAUCCACAUUUAAAAUGCCUAAAUUCAAACUUCCGAAAUUUGGAACAGGUUCUUCAAGCAUCACUGCAGAAAUGCCUGAAGUUGACAAGCAAAUCAAAUUUGAUGCAGAGCUGAACAUCCCUAAAGCCACAGUGGACAUAACAGCACCCAAAGUUGAAGUUGAAGGACCUUCCAUAGACCUGAAAAGCACAGGCACUGAUGGAAUGGGAAAAGGAAGCAAGAUUAAAAUGCCAAGUCUGGGUCUCUCAAUGCCAAAAGUGAAAGGACCAGAAGUGGAUUUCAAUUUAUCAAAGCCGGAAGUGGACCUUACAUUACCAGAGUCUAAAUAUGAAGUUGCCCUACCUGACGUUGAACUAAUCUCUCCUAAGGUAGAAGUUAAAGGGUCUGAGAUCGAUCUAAAAUUAAAAGAUGGUAAGGGUUCUCCAUCCAAAUUUAAAAUGCCUUCAUUCAAAUUUCCCAAAUUUGGAGCUGCUUCACCAAAAAUCUCUGUGGAAAUACCUGAGGUGGAGAAAGAAAUUACAUUAGAUGGAGAGCUUAACAUUCCUGAAGCAAAAGUGGAAAUAACAGCACCCAUCGUGGAUAUUGAAGGACCUUCCAUAGAUCUUAAGAGUACCGGCAUCGACGGUACAGGGAAAGGAGGCAAGUUUAAAAUGCCAAAUCUUGGUAUUUCAAUGCCAAAGGUCAAAGGACCAGAAAUUGAUUUCAGUGUAUCCAAGCCAGAUGUGAACGUAACGUUACCAAAAGCUAAAGCUGACGUUACCCUAACUGAUGUUGAAUUACCAUCAGCUAAGGUAGAAGUUAAAGGCCCUGAGAUUGAGACGGAAGGUUUUGAUGGUUCAUCCACAUUUAAAAUGCCUAAAUUCAAACUUCCGAAAUUUGGAACAGGUUCUUCAAGCAUCACUGCAGAAAUGCCUGAAGUUGACAAACAAAUAAAAUUUGAUGCAGAACUGAACAUCCCUAAAGCCACAGUGGACAUAACGGCACCCAAAGUUGAAGUUGAAGGACCUUCCAUAGACUUGAAAAGCACAGGCACUGAUGGAAUAGGAAAAGGAAGCAAGAUUAAAAUGCCAAGUCUGGGUCUCUCAAUGCCAAAAGUGAAAGGACCAGAAGUGGAUUUCAAUUUAUCAAAGCCGGAAGUGGACAUUGCAAUACCAGGGGCUAACUAUGAAUUUGCCCUACCUGACGUUGAACUACCCUCGACUAAGGUAGAAGUUAAAGGGCCUGAGAUUGAUCUAAAAUUGAAAGAUGGUAAAGGUUCUCCAUCCAAAUUUAAAAUGCCUUCAUUCAAAUUUCCCAAAUUUGGAGCUGCUUCACCAAAUAUCUCUGUGGAAAUACCUGAGGUGGAGAAAGAAAUUACAUUAGAUAGAGAGCUGAACAUUCCUGAAGCAAAAGUGGAAAUAACAGCACCCAAUGUGGAAAUUGAGGGACCUUCCAUAGAUCUUAAGAGUACUGGCAUCGACGGUACAGGGAAAGGAGGCAAGUUUAAAAUGCCAAAUCUUGGUAUUACAAUGCCAAAGGUCAAAGGACCAGAAAGUGAUUUCAGUGUAUCCAAGCCAGAUGUGAACGUAACGUUACCAAAAGCUAAAACUGACGUUACCUUAACUGAUGUUGAACUACCAUCAGCUAAGGUAGAAGUUAAAGGCCCUGAGAUUGAGACGGAAGAUUUUGAUGGUUCAUCCACAUUUAAAAUGCCUAAAUUCAAACUUCCCAAAUUUGGAACAGGUUCUUCAAGCAUCACUGCAGAAAUGCCUGAAGUUGACAAACAAAUCAAAUUUGAUGCAGAGCUGAAUAUCCCUAGAGCCACAGUGGACAUAACGGCACCCAAAGUUGAAGUUGAAGGACCUUCCCUAGACCUGAAAAGCACAGGCACUGAGGGAAUUGGAAAAGGAAGCAAGAUUAAAAUGCCAAGUCUGGGUCUCUCAAUGCCAAAAGUGAAAGGACCAGAAGUGGAUUUCAAUUUAUCAAAGCCGGAAGUGGACAUUACAUUACCAGAGUCUAAAUAUGGAGUUGCCCUGCCUGACGUUGAACUAACUUCUACUGAGGUAGUAGUUAAAGGGCCUGAGAUCGAUCCAAAAUUAAAAGAAAGUAAGGGUUCUCCAUCCAAAUUUAAAAUGCCUUCAUUCAAAUUUCCCAAAUUUGGAGCUGCUUCACCAAAUAUCUCUGUGGAAAUACCUGAGGUGGAGAAAGAAAUUACAUUAGAUAGAGAGCUGAACAUUCCUGAAGCAAAAGUGGAAAUAACAGCACCCAAUGUGGAUAUUGAAGGACCUUCCAUAGAUCUUAAGAGUACCGGCAUCGACGGUACAGGGAAAGGAGGCAAGUUUAAAAUGCCAAAUCUUGGUAUUUCAAUGCCAAAGGUCAAAAGACCAGAAAUUGAUUUCAGUGUAUCCAAGCCAGAUGUGAACGUAACGUUACCAAAAGCUAAAGCUGACGUUACCCUAACUGAUGUUGAAUUACCAUCAGCUAAGGUAGAAGUUAAGGGUCCUGAGAUUGAGACGGAAGAUUUUGAUGGUUCAUCCACAUUUAAAAUGCCUAAAUUCAAACUUCCCAAAUUUGGAACAGGUUCUUCAAGCAUCACUGCAGAAACGCCUGAAGUUGACAAACAAAUCAAAUUUGAUGCAGAGCUGAACAUCCCUAAAGCCACAGUGGACAUUACGGCACCCAAAGUUGAAGUUGAAGGACCUUCCAUUGACCUGAAAAGCACAGGCACUGAUGGAAUCGGAAAAGGAAGCAGGAUUAAAAUGCCAAGUCUGGGUCUCUCAAUGCCAAAAGUGAAAGGACCAGAAGUGGAUUUCAAUUUAUCAAAGCCGGAAGUGGACAUUACAUUACCAGAGUCUAAAUAUGAAGUUGCCCUACCUGAUGUUGAACUAACCUCUCCUAAGGUAGAAGUUAAAGGGUCUGAGAUCGAUCUAAAAUUAAAAGAUGGUAAGGGUUCUCCAUCCAAAUUUAAAAUGCCUUCAUUCAAAUUUCCCAAAUUUGGAGCUGCUUCACCAAAUAUCUCUGUGGAAAUACCUGAGGUGGAGAAAGAAAUUACGUUAGAUGGAGAGCUUAACAUUCCUGAGGCAAAAGUGGAAAUAACAGCACCCAUCGUGGAUAUUGAAGGACCUUCCAUAGAUCUUAAGAGUACCGGCAUCGACGGUACAGGGAAAGGAGGCAAGUUUAAAAUGCCAAAUCUUGGUAUUUCAAUGCCAAAGGUCAAAGGACCAGAUAUUGAUUUCAGUGUAUCCAAGCCAGAUGUGAACGUAACGUUACCAAAAGCUAAAGCUGACGUUACCCUAACUGAUGUUGAACUACCAUCAGCUAAGGUAGAAGUUAAAGGGCCUGAGAUUGAGACAGAAUAUUUUGAUGGUUCAUCCACAUUUAAAAUGCCUAAAUUCAAACUUCCCAAAUUUGGAACAGGUUCUUCAAGCAUCACUGCAGAAAUGCCUGAAGUUGACAAUCAAAUCAAAUUUGAUGCAGAGCUGAACAUCCCUAAAGCCACAGUGGACAUAACGGCACCCAAAGUUGAAUUUGAAGGACCUUCCAUUGAUCUGAAAAGCACAGGACCUGAUGGAAUGGGGAAAGGAAGCAAGAUUAAAAUGCCAAGUCUGGGUCUCUCAAUGCCAAAAGUGGAUUCCAAUGUUUCAAAGCCAGAGAUGGACAUUACAAUACCAGGGGCUAAAUAUGAAGUUGCCCUACCUGACGUUGAACUACCCUCGACUAAGGUAGAAGUUAAAGGGCCUGAGAUUGAUCUAAAAUUGAAAGAUGGUAAAGGUUCUCCAUCCAAAUAUAAAAUGCCUUCAUUCAAAUUUCCCAAAUUUGGAGCUUCUUCAGCAAAUAUGUCUGUGGAAAUACCUGAGGUGGAAAAAGAAAUUAAAUUAGAUGGAGAGCUGGACAUUCCUGAAGCAAGGGUGGAAAUAACGGCACCCAAUGUGGAUAUUGAAGGCCCUUCCAUAGAUGUUAAGAGAACAGGAAUUGACGGUACAGGGAAAGGAAGCAAGUUUAAAAUGCCAAAUCUUGGUAUUUCAAUGCCAAAGGCCAAAGGACCUGAUAUUGAUGUCAGUGUGUCCAAGCCAGAUGUGGACAUAACAUUACCAAAGGCCAAAGCUGACGUUACCCUACCUGACGUUGAACUUACUUCCACUAAGGUAGAAGUUAAAGGGCCUGAGAUUGAUCUCAAAUUAAAAGAUGGUAAAGGUUCUCCAUCCAAAUAUAAAAUGCCUUCAUUCAAACUUCCCAAAUUUGGAGCUGCUUCACCAAAUAUCUCUGUGGAAAUACCUGUGGUGGAGAAAGAAAUUAAAUUAGAUGGAGAGCUGAACAUUCCUGAAGCAAAAAUGGAAAUAACAGCACCCAAUGUGGAUAUUGAAGGACCUUCCAUAGAUCUUAAGAGUACCGGCAUCGAUGGCACAGGGAAAGGAGGCAAGUUUAAAAUGCCAAAUCUUGGUAUUUCAAUGCCAAAGGUCAAAGGACCAGAUAUUGAUUUCAGUUUAUCCAAGCCAGAUGUUAACAUAACGUUACCAAAAGCUAAAGCUGACGUUACCCUAACUGAUGUUGAACUACCAUCAGCUAAAUUAGAAAUGAAAGGGCCUGAGAUGGAUACAAAAGAUUUUGACGGUUCAUCCACAUUUAAAAUGCCUAAAUUCAAACUUCCCAAAUUUGGAACAGGAUCUUCAAGCAUCACUGCAGAAAUACCUGAAGUUGACAAACAAAUCAAAUUUGAUGCAGAACUGAACAUCCCUAAAGCCAUAGUGGACAUCACAGCACCCAAAGUUGAAGUUGAAGGACCUUCAAUUGAUCUGAAAAGUACAGGACCUGAUGGAAUGGGGAAAGGAAGCAAGAUUAAAAUGGCAAAUCUGGGUCCCUCAAUGCCAAAAGUGAAAGGACCAGAAGGGGAUUUCAGUGUGUCAAUGCCAGAUACCGAAGAUUUCGAUGUAAAAUCAAAAAUGCCAGAAUUGGCAGUUUCUGAAGUUAAAGCAUUUGGGGAACCAGGGGCAUGUGCAAAAGAGGAUCAUGUUUCAGUGAAACAGGCUGGCUGGUCAUUUCCAUCCUUUUCAUUUUCAAAGACCAAAGACCAGGGCAUAAAUGCUUCUGUUGAAUCUCAUCAGAUUGGUAUUCGAUUACCCGACACCAAAAAAAAAAUCCAUUCUUCAGAUGAUGAAGGCGAUAGAAAAAAAAAUGACUUUUUAGUAGAGGCACUUCCCUCUGUAGAACUGGAGACUAAUUUGAAAAAAGCUAGCAGUAAGGAUCACGAGACUGAUGCCAAUAUGAAAGAGCUGGACGGUUUUCUUCUAAGAGAUAAGAUGAGGCAAAUGGAAAUCUCUGAGGUUGAAGGUCAAGGUUCUGAGAUUGAAGGACAUUUUGAAGUUACCACACAUAGCGUUUGUAUUGAGGCUCCAUCUGUAAAUAUGACAAAGACCACAGGGACAUAUCUUGGCAGAAAAGACUUAAAGCCGAAAGAGCCAGAAAAUGUAACGCAGCCAGAGUUUGAUUUAAAUUUGUCAAAAAGAGAUGAUUUCCAGGGAAAAGAAGCAGAGGUAGAUAAGGAAGUGGGAAAGGCUUCUGCCACCUUGACAGCCUUAGAAGUUUGUACACCAGAGGAAGAUGUGAAAGUGAAGAAAUCAUGGUUUUCUUUACCAAGAUUCUCAUUUUCAAAACAAAGUGUAAAAGAGACUGGUUAUAAAUCUCCCGAAAUGGAGACAAAAAUGGUGCUGAAUGUUGCUGUGGGAUCUGGAAUAGAGACCAAUGUCUUGGCCUCUCCAAUCGUCACUGAGGAGGUUGAGAAACAGGACAAAGAGAUAAAAACUUGGGAACAAACCAUUCCAUUGGGUAUUAAGGUUACAAGCCAGGAUAUGGAGACAAGGGAUCUGAACGCUGAGUUACAAACUAGUAAACCAAAGUGUCCAGAUGAUAUUAUGUUUCCAAGCCACGAUAUAAAAAUAGUAGCUCCAAACACUGAUUCUCAAAAUCCGGAUACUCUCAGUCCAGUCAAUGGCUCACCAAGCAAAUUCAAACUUCCUUCAUUUAAGAUGCCAACACUCAAACCUGAAGAUGAAUACUUACCUGUUGAUACAGUGUGCAAAGAUGAUCAAUUAGAAACCAAAGCUGAACCUCAGGAACUAGUUAAAUUUAUAGAUGAUGAAUCUAAUGUUUCAUCUACAGAAGAAAUGGAAAGAAAUCCUCCCCCCUCAAAUGAGGAAAUAUCUCUCACAAACAAAGACGUUAUUAAAUCCCAACCAAAAACACAAAACUACACUCUACCAAAUCCCGAGCCAGUUGGUCUGUUCAAGUUCCCCAGGUUUGGAUUUUCCACUCCUCCGGGGAGGAGCCCCGAGAGCCUGGAUGAGGAUCUGAGCACAGCCGGCUCUAUUCAGUCCUCUGAUGCCUUCGCCGACGCCAGCUCUACGGCCACGAGUGAGCACACAGGUGUGUCCUUCACAUCCCCAUCCAAGGUCACUGUCACAUACAGUGGACCUGAUGCUGCUGUGGAACUGGGUGCUCUUCACAGCACCAUCAUUACCUCCACAACUAGGAGUGCGCAGAUCUCAUUUGAACCCAACCUUCCAGAGAUGUUCACCAUCCUGUCUUCAGGAGUUUCCUCUUCUUCUGUGGACACUCUCAAGUUGGAGUCUGAUCAAAUUCAUGUCAUCAGGUCCAAUAUCCAGGCGACACCACAAGUGCAGAAAAGCACAAUUCUCACCAACUUCAAUGUCCAAUCCCCUUUGGAGAUGUCCAAGAACCCUGAGUUCAGAGAGGCUACGUCGUGGUUUGAAGGAGCGCCCCAAGAACACUCAGGCGUCGCCAGCGUGGAGAGACACAUCACCAGGGAAGUCUCCAGCCAGGAAAUGAGGACUCUGAGCAGGGGAACGGUGGUCAUAACCCAGCAGCUGACCGUAUCGGGGGACCAAGUGGAACCCAUCGCAGAGGAUACGGCUGGCUCCGUAAAGCGGCUCAGAGACACAGUUCACUCAGAGAAGAUGAGGUUUUUUGAAGGAGCUCACUCAUAAGGAGAUAUGUUAGUAGCUAACCGUUUACCUUGGCAGCAGAGGAGCAAACAGGAUCAUCAGAAAGGCUCAAAUGCAGUAGUUCUACGUUGGUUUGUGUACUUCAAUCUGUUCAAUGUCUUAAUCUGAGAGAAUAUCAUAGAUAAUCAAAGUCAUAGACCUGAAAAUAGAAUGACUCAUAAAGUGCACUUGCAUCACAAUAAAGGUGUAAAUAUACAUUGUACUCAAGUGCUUUUCCAGCAGAAUCUCUAUAAUAUCUCUAUCUAAUGAUUGCAGAAAUAUAAUAAUCGUAACAAUGUUUAUUAGAUCACUGUGAAUUAUGCUCGGACCACGCCUAAAUUGCAUACAUGUUUGGCAAGAUGAACGCAUUAAAGAUAAUUAAAUAGCUUUAGUAGCUUCAGUAAAAUACCUAAUAAUUACAAUGUUGCUUCAUGUUCUUAAUCGAAAGUUAAUUUGCCUUAAUCAUUUUUUUUCAGUUUUACAUGUAACCCUUUUAAUAAACAUUGGAGUUUAUUUUUGUUUACUUUUCUAUUUUUACUUUGAUAUGGGUUAUAUAUCAACGUGUCGCAAAGUAAUAUUCAAUAAAUGAAUG